AUGGAAAAUGACAAUGCGCGCUCCCAAGAACCGGAAUGGGGAAAGCUUCGGCCCGGACCGUUCACAAGGCGCAUCCGGGAUUCUCGGCAAGACAGGGAAGUGCAGCAACUGCGUAUACCGUUCUACACAGGAACGGAGGACCCUUUGACACACCUCCAUUCAUUCCAGUCCGCUAUUGGAUGCAAGGGCUUGAGCGAUGAGGGGCAGUGCCUGCUAUUCCCGUCUUCCCUUACCGGGGCAGCCUUGAACUGGUUCUACCGUUUAGAGCCGGAAACGGUAGCAUCCUUUGAUGAGCUGAAGCAGAUCUUCCUCAAUCACUUCAUGAUCCAAACGGACCGUCUCUACUCCGCCGAUGAUCUGUACACGAUUCGGCAAAGGGAGGACGAACCGUUGAGAGAAUACGCGGCGCGUUUCAGUCACGAGUACUCAAGGUGUCCGGAAACGGAUGAUAGGGCAGCCUACGGCGCCUUCAAGAGUGGCCUUCGGUCCUCUCAUUUUCGAUACCUGGUGCACAGUAGCAACUGGCGCACGUACGAUGAACUGAUGAAGCAGGCAGCAAUCCACGCCAAGGCCGAAUACUUCAACUCGAAACCCACGAUUUCGGCACCGCAAGGAAAUGCGGAACCAAGUGCCUAUCCGGCAAGGGCAACGCCUUAUGAGCGAGUCGACACCUACUCGGCAGGUCAUAAGAGGAAGGAUGAUCGUGCAGAUCGAAGGGAGCACCGAAAGAAAGAAAAAGGGAGGUACAGUCGCAACGACAACCGAGCCCCCCUGCCGAAUCGGGAUCAUGGCAAUGAGGUCUUCACCCUGUUGAAUACUACCUACGAGGCCGUCCUGAUGAACGAACAGGAAAAAAUACCCAAGCCGAAUCAACGAAGGCCCAAUCGGCAAGACAACCGGGAUACCGGUAAAUUCUGCCGAUACCAUCAGCACAACAGCCAUAAUACAGAAGACUGCAUAAGCCUGAGGAAGAUCAUCGAACGCUUGAUCCGAGAGGGGAAGCUAGACCAGUAUAUCGCCCGGCAGCCAACGGCGCCGGAGCCGAACGCAAAUCGGCAGAUAAACAUGAUAAGCACUAUCAGCGGCGGCCCAACCAUCGCAGGACUGAGCAAUCGCUCGAUGAAGCAGUACGUGCGUGCCGCACAGUUUCCCCAGGUGUUCGGCAUAGAGGUGAAUCGCCACCAUGAAACACCGAAGGAUCAUUGGGAGCCAAUCACGUUUUGCAAAGAAGAGGAACAGGGCAUUCUCUAUCCCCACGACGACCCAAUGAUCGUCCGAGCAGAAAUUGCCGAUUACGAUGUAGGGAGAGUACUGAUUGAUACAGGGAGCUCGGUAAACGUAAUCUUCGCCAAAGCUUUCCGAGAAAUGGGAAUACAGGACAGCCAGGUCAACCGGCAGUUGACGCCUUUGCUAAGUUUCUCCGGGGACAUGGUCCAACCGGUCGGUAGCGUAACGCUCCCAAUUACCUUCGGCACCGCGCCAAAGAGAACGACGGUAUAUGACCAGUUCCUCAUCGUUGACUGCCCGACGGCGUACAACGUCAUUGUUGGGCGAACGACACUGACCAGGGUAAAGGCGCAUCUCUCCCCACACAUGCUGUUGAUGAAAUUCCCGACCCCAAAUGGCGUAGGAUCUGUCAGGGGAAAUCAUCUGAGCGCACGGACUUGCUACGCCACGGCGAUCAAAUCAACCUCUCUCAAAAUCCCAGACGAGACCAUGUCUGUGCAGGGGAUGCCGAACGGCAACGGACCAGUUGACGACCCAAGAGAUGAGUCACCAACUCCUCAUACGCAACCCGCCGAAGAACUGGAGACGAUAACCCUGAGCGAUGAACAGCCCGAUCGUCGGGUUAAAAUCAGUACCAGACUGACCCCCGCCCUCCGAGCGCAGUUUAUAGACUUCUUACGGCACCAUUCGGAAGUGUUCGCAUGGUCCUACGAAGACAUGCCCGGCAUAGACCCUGAAAUCAUCAGCCAUAAACUCAGCAUUUUCCCAACCUACAAACCUGUAAGGCAGAAGCGCCGUUCGUAUGAUGCCGAACGGUACGAAGCCAUGCGGACGGAAGUUGACAAACUUCAAACCAUCGGCUUCAUCAGGGAAGUUACGUACCCGGUAUGGCUGGCGAACUCAGUCAUGGUUCGAAAGGGUACAGGCGGCUGGAGAAUGUGCCAAGACUACACCGAUCUGAACAAGGCCUGCCCAAAAGACAGCUUUCCGUUACCCCGAAUAGACCAGCUCGUGGACGCCACGGCAGGACACGAGCUGCUCAGCUUCAUGGACGCCUAUUCAGGGUACAACCAGAUUUUUAUGCACCCCCCCGACAGCGAGCACACCGCCUUCAUCACUGACAGAGGGUUGUACUGCUACAACGUCAUGCCGUUCGGCUUGAAGAACGCGGGGGCAACAUAUCAGAGGCUUGUCAACAGAAUCUUCACCGAACACAUCGGCAGCAUCAUGGAGGUUUACGUUGACGACAUGUUGGUGAAAAGCAGAACAGCCGAAGAACACCUGCACAAUCUGUCUAUCAUGUUCGGUAUCCUGAAGGGCUACCGAAUGAGGUUAAACCCGAUGAAAUGCGCCUUCGGUGUGUCUUCCGGGAAAUUCCUCGGAUUCAUGAUUAGUCACAGGGGUAUCGAAGCGAACCCCGAAAAAAUAAAGGCCAUCAUCGACAUGGAGAGGCCAAAAACAACAAAGGACAUUCAAAGCCUUACCGGACGAGUGGCUGCCCUGACUCGCUUUAUAUCCAAGGCUACCGACAAAUGUGUACCGUUCUUUAAAGCCUUGAAAGGGGGCAAACGAAAUAUCUUAUGGACUGCCGAAUGUGAUAAAGCAUUUCAAGACUUAAAAGACUAUAUGGGCAGAGCACCUCUCCUGUCAAAACCACUGCCUGGGGAGAUUCUUUACCUAUACCUCUCGGUAUCUAACACUGCCGUCAGUUCGGUGUUAAUCCGAAAACCGGAGAGGGCAGAGCUACCGAUCUUCUAUGUCAGUAAGGCACUCCAGAGCGCUGAACUUCGAUAUCCCCCAUUAGAGCAGCUUGCACUAGCCCUGGUGAUCUCGGCACGAAAACUUCGGCCAUACUUCCAAGCACACGGGAUCAAAGUCCUGACAAACCAACCGCUUCGGCAAGUACUCCAAAAACCAGAGACUUCCGGCCGAUUGAUCAAGUGGGCGAUUGAACUCGGAGAAUUCGAUAUACAAUUCGUGCCAAGGCCAGCCGAAAAGGGUCAGGCCAUUGCCGAUUUCAUCUCCGAGCUCACCCCACCAACGACACAGGAAAUACCCGAGCCAGUUACCGAAACCGCAGCACCGAUGGAGGUAGACGCCGAACGGCUCGACGCCUCAAAUCCUGUAUGGACUCUGCAUGUCGACGGCUCGGCAAACCAACAGGGGUGUGGAGCAGGGUUGGUUCGGACAACACCGGAGGGACUCAAGAUCGAGUACGCCCUCCGAUUCAACUUCCGAACCUCCAACAAUGAAGCAGAAUAUGAGGCUCUCUUGGCCGGCCUUCGUUUAGCCAAGAGCAUGAACGCAAAACAGAUCAAGAUACACAGUGACUCCCAACUCAUUGUGAACCAGGUAACGGCGGACUUCGCCGCCAGAGACGCCUCCAUGAACGCCUACCUUUCGUCCACCCACCAGCUGCUCCAGAGCUUCCGAGCCUAUGAGAUCAAACAGAUCCCCAGGAGCGAAAACAGUCAUGCCGAUGCUUUGGCGCGACUAGCCUCGGCAAUCAAUGACAAAAUCGGAAGAAAGGUGCCGGUGGAAAUUCUUGCCCAACCAAGCACGGCAACCUCCGAAAUAUGUACCGUACGGUACGAGGAUACGUGGAUGUCCCCUAUCUACUCAUACCUAACCAACGGCACCCUUCCAGAGGACAAGGCCCAGGCCUGA